AGUUAAAAAUAGUCCUACGUGGAAAAUGCCAAGUUAUUAAAAAUUGUAGUAAUAUGUAAAAAAGAAAAAUCAUAGAAGACCGAAUGACAGUAUGGCAGACGAAUGCAAGAAGGAAGAUAGUCACGUACUGCAUGUUGUAGUUGUUGGAUUUCACCAUAAAAAGGGGUGUCAGGUGGAAUAUUCUUACCCUCCAUUAAUACCUGGUAACAAGGUUGAUAGUCAUGACGUACCAAAAGAAUGGAAACAUUUACCAUCGUUAGCUUUACCAGAUGGUGCACAUAAUUUCCUAAAAGAUACUGUGUUUUUCCAUCUGCCUGGAAGAAAUGGAAGUAAUAAAACAGUGUAUGGGGUAUCAUGUUACAGGCAAAUGGAUGCUAAGGAUUUAAAGAAUAAAGACUCAGAAGUAACAAGAAGUACAAUACAGAAGAGUGUUUGUGUACUCAGUCGAUUGCCUUUAUAUGGUAUGAUUAAAGCCAAGUUAGAGUUAAUAACUCAUGCUUAUUUUGAUGAAAGAGAUUUUAGUAAGGUUGAACUCUUAGAACAGACAUAUAACAAUAUGAAAUUGUCUCUUUCUGAAAAUAUGCUAGAUGGCACCCAAGUUUACCUUGGUUUAUCACCGAGAGAACUUGUUUUACAAUUUAAGCAUAAAAUAGUUCUAUUGUUUAAGCUAAUGUUACUAGAAAGAAGGGUAUUAUUUUAUGGUGCCCCAGUGGAAACAUUAGGUGGUUUAAUACUCACAGUUUUAUCAUUGUUCCCAGGUAUGGUUGAAUAUGGUUUAGAUGAAGCAGUUAAUAAAUCAUCACAAAAGGUUUCUUCUUCUUCUCUCAAGAUGGCAGGAAGUGAUCAAGAGGAAUCGGAUGGUUAUUUGGAAAUAAGUUACACAGAGACAGGAAGUGACUCGCCCUUAUAUACCAAUGUGCAAUCUAAUUUAUCUGGGUCUCGAUCUCAUCACAGCAUAGAUACAGAACCAGAAUCGCCAACGAUUCCUCGUGAUGACAUAUUUACCCAACAUUCCCUAGAAAGCUCAGAUAAUUUACAUCAUAAAAAAAAUAAAGACAAUACUGAUGAGUUAUCUCCCUCUGUGCAUAGUUACCAUAGUGAUAAAACAAAGGUUAAAGGUAAAUCUAAUAGUAGUCAUAGUAGUGAACUUAAAGGUCAAGGUCAUAAUUCUGGCAUGAGCAAUCAAGCAAAAAGUGCCCCGGUUGCAAUAGACAAUGCUACCAAAAAAGAAAAUACAUCAAGCGGUUCUUUGCCGACUUCUGAAAUUAUUUUUGCUAAAGAAAGUAGUCCUUUACAAGAUUUGUAUAGUAUUACACAUGUAGAAGCCAUACAAACUGCUAAAGAUAAUGAAUUGCCUAGUGAUCAUUCUCAGGACCAGCUCGAUAAUUAUAGUACCGAUAAAUCACUUCAUCAAAAAAAGGAAUUGAGUUUAUCAAUAUCCCCAAAUCUACCAGUACAGAAGACAAUGAGUUUAGAUAUAGAAGAUCUCGAUUCACCAGAAAGCAUAAGUAAAAUAGAUAGGGAAGAUUGUUUUUCUUGGGAAGAUGAUCGUCUCUUAUUAGCCAUUAACGAUGAUAUGGACACAAAAGCUACAUCUGAUGAAAUGUCAGACCAACAACAAGAUGUUCGAAAAGUUUCAAAGGGAAAUGACUCUGAAGGUUCCGAUUCACGUCCAUCAAGUAGACAAAGCAGUCCAGGUGUUAGGGCUGCCAUCUUGAAAAACAAACUGUCAUCUGCGUUUGGCAAUUUACAAUCCAAAUCAAAGGUCAAGAGUGAAAGUUCACCAGUAGAAAUGAAGCCCUUAUAUGGUGGACCAGAAUUACAUCAAGAUGAAUAUGGUUUCCCAUUGGCUAUUUUCACAAGGGGCACUGUUUGUCAUCCAUAUCUUAGUUUACAAUACCAUGACAUUCUACAUGACAUUACUAUAAGAAGCUUUGUGAUUGGUGCAACAAAUAUACUCUUCAAACAACGGAAAAAUCUAUUGGAUGCAAUUGUUGAGAUUGAAGAAGGUAAAAUCGAAAUACAUGAUAGAGAAUUACAGAAACAUCUACAUUUAACAACCGCUGAUUUAAGAUUUGGUGAAUAUAUUGUUAAAACAGUUAUUGAAGAUAAAGAUAUUUACUUAGAUGGAACAGAAUGGGAAGGAGGUGAUGAAUGGUUGAGAGCUCAAUUUAGAUUAUAUUUACAAUCACUAUUAGCAACCAUGAUGCAAGAUGAUAUAAAGUUGCAGGAAGAUUUUGGUUUAGUUUUUAUCUCUGCUUGGAAGACAACUAAUAAUUAUCGUUACUGGAGUUCAGUGUCACAUCCAGCCCUUCACAACAUUCCCACAGGUCACCCAUUUCAAGGUAAUUUAAAUAUGAAUGAUAUUCGGAUGAGAUUAUCCCAUACUAUGCAGAAUACUGAAAGAGGAAAGAAAUUAAAUGCUGCUGUGGUACAGACAGGAAAAUAUAUGGUAGAAACUGGCAAAGCUGUUGGUGGUGCCUUAAACCAUGCAAAGUCAGCUGUAUCAUCAUGGUUCAGUAGCUGGCGACAAGAAAAACCAACCACUCCCCCCUCUGAUAAUACAACUAUGUCACCAACAGAGGAAGAGGCAGCCAGUUCUAGGAAAAGUUGAACUGUAGAAUUAUCAAAUCGCUAAAUGAAUUCUUAUUUGCAUUUUUUACAUUUUGUUAUGUUAUGAUAUUUUGUUGCAGUGAUCACGUAGAGUAAAACAGUCUGUGAAGUUGUUAAUGUGUCAAUGCAUUUAAAAUAGUGAUUACCAAAAUAUGGUGUGUACCCAACAUCUAUUUGGGGGUAAAUUUCAGUGUUUUUACUAAAAAUCAUUGGAUUUAGAUAAAAUUAAACUUUUAAUAAUGUGGUAUAUUGCUGAUUCAUUGCACAUAUUUUACAUUAUAAGAAAUCUUCAGAAUGUCGAUAGGCAUUUAUAUUUAUUGUACUUACACUUAAAAUAUUUGGUUUACAUUGUAUAUUAAUUAAUGGUAUGCUACUUAUUUCAUUUUGUAAGUUGUAAGUAAUCAUCCUGGAUUUAUUUUGUGUGAAUGUUUUUGCAUUGAUCAGGGAUAGGUUGAUCAAAGGUUUGUGGUUUCAUUAAUCAAAUCUUCAUGGGUGGAUUGAUCAGUUACUUAUAAAUCUAUUGAUGAAUGGUUCAUGUAUAAGUUUGUGAAUGUAUUAAUCAAAUGUUCAUGGAUGGAUUGAUCAAUUUCUCAUAGAUCUAUUGAUGAAUGGUUCAUGGAUAAGUUUGUGAAUGUAUUAAUCAAAUGUUCAUGGAUGGAUUGAUCAAUUUCUCAUAGAUCUAUUGAUGAAUGGUUCAUGGAUAAGUUGAUAAACAUUUUUUGAAUGCAUUAAUCAAAUGUUCCUGGAUGCACUGAUCAAUUACUCAUGGAUUUGUUCAUGGAUAAGUUGAUCAGUUACUUAUAGAUCAUACUCCUCGCAGUGUUGUUUCAUUAGAGCUAAUCCCACUAAACACUGCUUUAAUGGAAGCAAAUUUCUGUUCCAAAUUAUGACUGGUCAAUAGUCCGAUUAACAACCAAUAGCUAACUGCCUAACAAUAUCAUAACAUUUUAAACAAAUCUCCAAAUUGGACCAAAUAUGAUACAUAACGUUACGUCAUGACUCACGAUUUUAUUAUGCCCAAUUAACCAGUGCAUAGCAGAAUAUUGCAGAAAAACUAAUUGCGUGACAAACGAGGCUAUCAACACAAAUGUAAUGUAAACAAUACUGUAUGGAGACGAAGAAUACUUUCACCAUUUUUAAUACCUUAAAUGACUGUCCAAAGUUUUAGGGAAGACCCCAGAUUAAACUAAGGGCUGUGAUGUUGCUGUACUUGGGAUAGAUUUGAUUGAACGGGAAGAAUAGACAUACUCCCUCAAAAGCUCUAGUAUCAGAAGCUAAUCCAGCAAUGGGCAGAGAGGGAUUGCUCGGACCAUUGCUUCAGGAAUAUGCUUAUAGAUCUAUUCACGGAUACACUGGUAAAUGUAAAAUGGAAGGGAAGAUGAUAAUUUAUUCAGUAAUUCAUGGAUGAAUAGAUCAGUAAUUCAUGGAUGAAUUGAUUAGUAAUUCAUGGAUGAAUUGAUCAGUAAUUCAUAGACAGAUAGAUAGAUCAAGAAGUUAUUAAUGAGAUUUAUUAUUGUAUAUUUUAAUAUUUGUGGUUUGAUCUAGAUAUUGUAUUUAUAGUAAACUACUGUACAUGUAUAUUAUGGUAGAAAAGUGCUAAAUGGGUGUAUUUAUUACUAACUUUAUAUAUAUUUCAAAAUUUUUAUCAGGAGUUGUUAUAGUAUUAAAUAAAUGUUUAUUUUUGUUGGAAUAAUUCUAGAAGAGGUUACUGCAUGUGUAUUAUGAAUUGUUAUUAUAUUUAUAUGUAUUUACAAUACAAACAGAUUUUCCAUUAUUACCUUAAUUAGAUAAUGGUUAUAUGCAAUAUGUUCAAAUAUAAUAAUGUAGAUUGCUUUGUGUUAGUACAGGGGAUUAUUGUAUUGGUUAAUCACUCACAUGCUCACAUUAUCAUGUGGAUGUAUAUUGUCCUCGCACCUGUCCGCCCAUUCAACCGGCCGGGCACCCGUCCAUAAUUUGUAUGUGGGCACUCGCUGAUUGUAUGAAAAAUCACAUAUUUAGCUUGUAGACACUCUAGAUGUCACAAUUUUUAUAAGACUUUGAUGAAACUUGAAAUGUAUGUUUAUAACCCAAAGAUUUUGGUUCCUGUCGAUAUUCGUGCAUUUAUUGGACCCUAACUUCCUGGAUUAUGGCCCCUAAUUGUACGAAAAAUCACAUUUCUUUUUUAGCUCAUUUUCUGUCCAUCUGUUGCAAAAUGUUGGCGUAUCUUGCAUUGUAAUUGCUUGUUGUGCAUUGGUCAUCAGGCAUGUAGGGUCGUUUUUAGUUACCCACGAGAGUGGCCCGCCCCAUGAUAAUCUAUGUUGUGAAGGUAUGUUGUGCGCUGCUUUGCCUGGGGGGCAUAUAAUGCUGUUAAGGCAUGUGUAUUUAUUUAACUGACAUGUAUUAAACUAUAUUUACUAAUUUCAAAUGGGUAUCCUAGCUUUUUUAAGCAAUGGGUUGUUUAGGUAGGUUUGCUUUAGAUUUAGAAGAACUAUUUAGAACAAAUAAAAUAACAUUCUGGCAUUAUUUAUUCCUAAUGUUUUAUGUAAUUAUUAAAAUGCAUAAUCAAGGUCUUAAAAGGGGUUUCUAUAGCAACUAAAAGGUGAAAGAGAAAUAUGUCACUGAUAUGUCUGGAUAGGGCUUACUUAGAGAUUUGAGAUAUAACUGUAUUACACUGAAGUAGAAUGAAUAUUUUUUAGGUGUGGACCUAAAAUUUUAUCAUAAAAUUAAUUUCAAAUAAUCACCAUUGGUGAUGUGUAACCAGAUUUAAGUCUAAAUAUACAUUUUUGCCGAAUAGUCAUUUCACAGACUUGUUGUUAGAUAAUCUGGAGUAGCUAAUCUUAUCAAAUUUCUAUGCACCAUAAUUUAGAUUUUGCACAAGGCAACAAUUUAACAAAAAUCCAUUAAACCAAACCAUGGCAUGUUACAUAGUUUUAGUAUUAAUGGUGUUUUGUGUAUGGAAACAAGCUACUGUUGAAUUAUUGAAUCUUUGUUGAAAUACUUUGUUGACUAUUGAAUUGUUAAAUAUAUAUUAAUAUAAUACAUGUAAAUCUAUUCUACAUUUUUCAAUAAUAAACUUUUAUCAUACAA